UUUAUGUAUAACUUUGUUUCGGAAGUUAUGUUUUUUGGAAAUGAGGCGUAGUUGAAGCGCAGCAGGCAUUGGCCAUUGUCGAGCACCGCCAUCACUUUAGUUGUGUCGUGUUGGUAGUUUAUUUUCUUCGUUAUUGCUACAAAUUCUCAUCGAAAAAAGAUGGGUACCCGCGUUUUUGUUGGCGGUCUCACAUACAGGGUGAGAGAGCGGGACAUCGAGAAGUUUUUUAGAAAGUAUGGACGCAUUAAGGAAGUUGCGAUGAAGAAUGGCUUUGCGUUUGUGGAAUUUGACGACUAUAGAGACGCAGAUGAUGCUGUCUAUGAGUUGAAUGGCAAGGAGCUGCUUGGAGAGCGAGUUUCUGUGGAAAGGGCUCGCGGUACUCCGAGAGGAUGUGACCAGUGGCGCGGUAGCGGUGGCCGUGGAUACGGCCCCCCGAGAGGGCGCAGUCGCGAUAACCGUGAACCUGACAUGCGGUCACAUGAUAGGUAUGGUCCACCGACUAGGACAGAGUAUCGACUGAUUGUGGAGAAUUUGUCAAGCCGAGUGAGCUGGCAGGACCUUAAAGAUUACAUGCGGCAGGCUGGAGAAGUCACGUAUGCAGAUGCUCAUAAGCAACGAAGGAACGAAGGAGUCGUUGAGUUUGCUUCCUAUUCUGAUAUGAAGAAUGCCAUUGAUAAGUUGGACGAUACUGAGUUGAAUGGUCGCCGAAUUCGUCUGGUUGAAGACAGACGUCGCGGCAGUAGAAGAUCAAGGUCGUCUAGUAGUCGGAGCCGUUCUCGCUCCAGGUCUCCACGGCGCCGUUCUCGUUCCAGGUCUAGAAGUCGUUCACAUCGUUCAAGCCGUUCAAAAUCUAGGGAUCGUUCAAAGAGUAAAUCAGCCGCACAUUCAAAAUCGCGUUCUCGUUCUAAGUCAAAGGAGGCGUCAAAGUCCAGAUCGCGUUCGAGGUCUCACAGUAAGAGAUCUAAGUCUAGGUCGUGUUCAAAAGAGAACGGGGCUAAGAAUAGGUCCCGUUCGAGGUCAAUGAGUAAGGAAGGAAGUAAAUCUAGGAGUCAGUCGCCAACCAAAGAAAAUUCGCCUGAAAAACAUGAUUAAUACAUAGUUGUUUUUUAAGUAAGUCAUUUGCCCGAAUUGUGACGCGGCAAAACUGAUCGUAGGACUAUAGCUAACUAGUUUUAAGAUAUUAUUUUGAUAAUAAUUGUCUCAGUCUUUGCCGUUAAGUUGAUUUAGCAUGGACCAGAGGUUUUGCUAAUAGAAGGCUGGUUUUGGGUCCAGUUAGUCAGCAUAUUCUAUAAUUACCGAAAUCAGCUGAUGUAAACAUACUGUUUGCAUAUAAAUGUCUGAUGUGUUUUGUAAUAUAAAAAGAAAUGUUCAAAAUGUAACCUAACUGACUUAUAAUAACCUUAUUUUUAGUAGGAACUUGGCUGUAGAAAUAUGUCUGAAACAAUCUUACGGUAUACAUGUUACAAAAUCUUUUUGAAGUGUGACGUUAUUAGGCCUAAGGGACACACUCUUGGUAAUACAUUUGUGACAUAUAUAUCAAUUUAAUUGCAUACCUACCGUGUAGAAUUUUUUACAUUUAUUUUUUUAUAGAAUUUCUUUGUGGUUUUAGUGAUUUACUUUAAGUCAAAUUACGUUACAUCCUAAAACACUACAUCACAUGGAUAACGUAGGGUAAACGUUAGAGACUCGUCCAGUAUAUUUUUUUAUGUUGUAACUUUGUGAUGUAGUGUUUGUCUAAUGUUGACAUUUGGAUUGUUAAUUUUUCGUCUUUAUUUUUUUUAGUUUUGUUUCCUUGUUAAGUGUCAACACAUUUAUAUAUACAUAUAUAACUGUAAUCCGUAAUUUAAUAAAUAGAAUUUAACUUCA